GAAGACUAUGGCAUCGGAGGGACGGACUGUUAUCUGUACUAUACAUCAGCCCUCGUCUCCAGUCUUUCAACUCUUCGACAGUCUAUUACUUAUGGCCGACGGAAGGGUAGCCUUCAUGGGGUCCAUCGGUGAAGCAAAAGAUUUCUUUUCAUCGCAAGGAUUAGAAAUAUGCGACAAUUUUCUCGAUAGGAGAGUAAAUACAGUUAACACUGAAUAUAAUGUGGGUAAUAUGUGUGCAUUAAACUUGGCAACACUGGGGUCGGGCUAUAGGGCUGGUUAUUGGCAACAACUGGUUACUUGUUUGACAGUAUUAGUUGGGAUACUAUACUACGGACAGGGAUAUGACUACUCCAACGUCGAUAAUAUCAAAGGGACUCUUAAUACAUUAAUAGGAGAGGAAGCCUUACUUUGUAGGGAACACCACAACCGUACGUACGCUUUGUUCCCAUAUCUAUUGGCGACCAUUAUUACCCAGUACAGCUAUUUGGUCAACAGACUGACCAAUUGUCCAACAUUGGGAUGUACAUUAACCACAUUAAGAAAACUCAGUCUUAUUAUCGAUGGUUCAUACCACGGCAAUUCUACUUCACUACUACAAGUGAUGCCUAUACUAUGGACAUCUAUGUGCUAA